CAGGAGGAGCCGUGCUGGGUCGAGCGGGUUCCCUCCUGGCUACGGUACGGGGUCGUGUGUCCGAGGAGGGCGUGCUGCAGGACAAGGCUGGGACCCACGUGCUUUUCCUGGGCGUGGACAGGACCCAAGGUGCUCUCAAGAUGGAGUUGCCCCUCAAGGUGACAUUCCACCCAGAACGAAAGAAAAGUGGCCCGAGGGAAUGGAAGGGAAUGAAGGAAGAGGAGGAGGAGGAGGAGGAGGAAGGAAAGAUAAAAGAAGCCUUGGUACCCCUGUUGGUGUAUGAUAAUAAGAAGGAUAUUGACCUAUAUAAUAUCCUGGAAGUGGCUCAGAGGAUGAAGAGGAAGAAGAAGGAAGAGGAGGAGGAGGAGGAAGAGGGGGGAGCAAAGGACCCCUGCAAGCAUAUCUCCCUGCAGGACGCCGCCGCGGCGGUGGUGGUUGUGAAUCUAUACCUGGGAACUUCUUAUGUGCCCUUCCUGGAGGACGUUUUGACGGGGCUGACGAUGCAGGAGUACCCGAAGGAGGCGAUGCAUGUCUGGAUAUACGGCAAGGGGGUUGGCGUGCAGGAAGCUGAGAUCGAGGCCUUCGUGGAUGACAACAGGGCGAGCUAUGCGUCCGUCACCCACGACCUGGACCUGGACCCGGACCCACAACUUCUGACGGCGAGGUGUGCUGACGUCAACUGCUCCUUUGUGGCCCUGAUGGAACCUCGUGUGGCCCUGAAUGACCCCAAGACCCUGGCCGAGCUGGUCCAUGCCGAUAAGCCGGUGGUGGGUUCCGUCUUGAAGCAGCGUCACGGGGGCGGGGAGGUCAACUUUGUAUCCAAGGAGGGCGAGGAACAGAGCCAGUGGGACGACCUUAUUAGGAGGCGCGCCGUCAGAGGAACGCUGAGGGUGGCGGAGGUGAAGGUCUUCCGUCUGGUGCAAAGAGACUACCUUCAGGACCUUCUUCAGGGGCGGAGGGUUCUGCAUUACAUCUCAACACGGGCGAAGUCGGGGCUGCUUUUGGACCCUCGUAGCGGCUAUAAGGAGGGCAGGAAGCACGCGGACUUGUGGGGUAUAAGACACAACCCUCUGGCGUGGAAGUGGCGAUACGUCCACCCCGACCUGCCCAGGAUCAUCAAUGGGGAGCUGCAGCCGGAGGAGGUGGGCAAGGACCUGUAUUACGUGCCUCUCUUCACGGAGCGAUUCUGCCGUGAGCUGAUCGAAGAGAUGGAGCACUACGGCCGCUGGCAGGACAAGGACGUGGAUGACAGGGAGGAGGCACAUCGCUACAGCAGCACCAACAUUAACCUCAGCCAGAUUGAUCUUGCGAACGAGUACCACCUGCUGUCGAACACUUUGCAUAAGGAGCUGUUGGCCACACUCUACGGCGGGUAUCGUGGGAAGGGAAACGCCGCGCUGCUGUUCGUGCUGCGGUACAUCGCUAGCGAGCAUUACAACACCUUCACCUAUCACCUGGACGGGGCGACCUAUACCAUGAACGUGGCCCUCAACGACGACUUCACGGGCGGCGGCCUCGAGUACCGUCUGGGAAACAAGCACUUCGCGGAGGAGCAAGAAAUCCACCUUCCGCACAACCGCACUGGCUGGGGCGUGGUGCAGCCUAACCGACCCUUCCACCUCCACCACGGCGUGCCCCUCAAGUCAGGCCGCCGCUACGCCCUUAUUGCGAUCGUGGACACAAAUGACGAGGGGAGCAAAGGCGGCCCGAUAUGGGAGUGAGUCAGAGGG